AUGCUGCCUGCCAUGGAAGGGUGGCUACGCUUGUGCUUGGUUGCCCUAUUUACCCUACUAGCGAUUUUGCUCCUCAACCUGAUCACUGGUGGAAAGUGCAGACCGGCUGCCAAGAAACAAUUGCCUCCUGGGCCAUGGACCCUCCCCAUCAUCGGCAGCCUCCACCACGUCGCCAGCGUCCUCCCCCACCGCACGAUGAUGAAGCUAUCUCGCCGGCACGGGCCGCUGAUGCUUCUCAGGCUAGGCGAGGUCCCCACCGUGAUCGUCUCCACCGCCGAGGCCGCCACACUUGUUAUGAAGACCAACGACCUCACGUUUGCGGGCCGACCGCAGAGCGCGACGUUGGAUAUCUUCGGCUGCGGCGGCAAGGGGAUCGCCUUAGCACCCAACGGUGACCGCUGGCGCCAGAUGCUCAAGGUCUCCAUCGUGGAGCUCCUCAGCUCCAGGCAGGUGAAGCGCAUCGAGGGCAUCAGGGCCAAGGAGGUGGGCAACCUCCUCCGUUACAUCGCCGUCGCCGCCUCGAGUGGCGCCACCAUCAACCUAAGCGAGAAGAUGACGGCGCUCAGCAACCACGUCGUCACGCGGGCGGUUUUCGGCGGCAAGUUCUCGCAGCAGGAGGAGUACAUCCAGGAGAUGCACAAGGUGUUUGUGAUGAUGGGCGGCUUUUGUCUCGUUGACCUUUUCCCAUCGUCGCGGUUGGUGCGGUGGUUGAGCAAUGGUGAGCGUGACAUGAAGAAUAGCUGUGGCCGUAUGCAGCACAUCAUCUCUGACAUCAUAAAGGAGCGCAAGACCGCGCGAGCUGCCGGCGUCGGCCCCAACGACGGCGACGACGAGGACCUGCAAGACGUGCUGCUCAGGCUGCAGAAAGACGGCUCGCUGGAAUUCCCUCUAACCACAGAGUGUAUAAGUACCGUCUUGUUGGACAUAUUUGCAGGUGGCACGGAAACAACAGGAAGCGUCUUGGCGUGGGCCAUGUCCGAGCUUGUGCGAAAUCCAGAAAUUAUGGCUAAGGCACAACAGGAAGUACGGGAGGUGCUAGGUGUAGACAGAGUUGUCAUUACUAACAGUGAUCUCACUAAACUCCGCUACACGGAGAUGGUCAUCAAGGAAGCCCUUAGGUUGCAUCCGCCCGUUCCUCUGAUUCCACGCGCGGCUAGAGAGGAUUGUACAGUAAUGGGUUAUGACAUACCUAAAGGCACCAAUGUUUACAUUAAUGUCGUCGCAAUUUGUCAAGAUCCUGAAUACUGGAGCAGUCCUGCAGAGUUUAAGCCAGAGAGGUUUGAGAACAACACAGUGAAUUACAAUGGAACAUACCUCGAAUUCAUUCCCUUCGGGGCUGGGCGACGGCAAUGCCCCGGGACUCAGUUUGGCACAUCGCUCGUGGAGAUGGUGUUAACAAACAUUCUGUAUCACUUCGACUGGAAGCUUCUUGACGGGGCUAGCCUCACUUCAUUUGACAUGUCCGAGAAAUUUGGGCUUACACUACAAAGAAGGAAUGACCUGAAACUCAGAGCUACUCCACGUGUGUUGUCCAAAGCUACGCCAUUGAAGUGA